CUCAAGCAAUAAUGCAAAAUUUCAAUUGUCGGACAUCAAACUGUGCGAAUGCAGGGUCUAUCAGAUACCGGCCACCACCAGGAAUUGAUGAUGGCAAACCCAAAUUUCCCGGAAAACCUCUCCAUCUCGCCUUCGCAGCACCCACAAACCAUCUUGACCGCGCCCGUCACUGCGGCUGACCCCUACGUCUCCCAUUUCGCCUUCGACGCGUCCGCCCAAGCAGCCGCGAUCGAAAAAUAUGGCAUCGCGGGCAGAGUCUGGGAAGCCGCGUAUCUGCUCACCCUCUACUUCAACGCACCGCCUUCGCACGCGUUUGAUCCCCCGUUCGAUCCCCAUGGGGCAUCGCAGCUGACCGUCGUCGAGCUCGGCUCCGGCACCGGAAUCGUGGGCUUGAAGCUUGCUGAGAGACUCGCGCGGACGGGCACGGACUCGAGCAAUCUCGUCGUGCUGACCGACCUUCCAGAAGUGUGCCCAUUGCUGCAGGAAAAUCUGCAGCAGCACGCAGCCUUGACAGAGCGCGAUGUGUGGGUGCGCGCGCUCCCGUGGGGGAGCAGAGCACACGCCGACACGCUUGCGGAGGAAUUAGGUCUGCGAGCAGAUCCGCCAUCAGAAGCACGCCCGCGCUAUCCAACACACAUCGUCUGCAGCGACCUAGUCUACUUUCCAGAGCUUCUCGCGCCCCUCCUUCGAACGCUCCUCCAUCUCACAUCUCCGCCGUUCGUCCCUGUUUCAGCAUCGUCUCUUCCGUCCCCUCCCGAAGUGAUCGUAUCGUACAAAAUCCGGUCUCUGGCGAAAGAAACCGCGUUCUGGAGUGCCUUCGGCCUCUGGUUCACGUUCACGCCUGUGCUCACAUCGCCGUCUGCUUCCACGUCGCCAGAUCUUUCAUGGAAGCGAUUCGGCGCAUCUGUAGAUGCGUUCAUUCUGAUCGCGCAUCGUCGGCCCGAGUCGAUGCGAUGGCCUGUGCCGGAGGACGAUGCUGGGCUCCUUGGCGGGGUAGGUGCGCAUGGGAUGUCG